CAGCGUUCAAAAGCGCGAGAGGAAGACACCGAGAGGGCACGACAGCCGCCGCCGCAUCAGCGCCACCGUCAUUUACACUUUCAUUUCAGAGAAAAAAACUCCCCACACGAACAGCCCUCACACUAUGGCUCAACACUCUCCAAGGAAAUUGUUCGAAAACCUGAACGGGGCCGGUAAAGCCAUCGGCGUCCUGACCAGCGGAGGGGAUGCUCAGGGUAUGAAUGCUGCUGUCCGAGCUGUGGUACGCAUGGGAAUUUAUGUUGGAGCCAAAGUCUAUUUCGUCCAUGAGGGUUACCAGGGCAUGGUGGAUGGUGGAGAUAAUAUUGUAGAAGCAACAUGGGAGAAAGUCUCCAGUAUCUUGCAAAUGGGUGGCACAGUUAUUGGGAGCGCACGUUGUAAGGCAUUCCGUAAUCGUGAGGGCCGAUUGAAAGCUGCCCUCCACCUCGUCCAACUUGGGAUUACAAACCUCUGCGUGAUUGGUGGAGAUGGUAGUUUGACUGGCGCCAAUCUCUUCCGUGAAGAGUGGAAGGGACUUUUGGAUGAACUCGUUGAGAAAGGUGAAAUCCAAUCAGAAGAAGCUAUGAAGUACAGCCACUUGAAUGUUGUGGGCAUGGUUGGAUCUAUUGAUAAUGACUUCUGUGGGACAGAUAUGACGAUAGGUACAGACUCUGCCUUACAUCGCAUUAUUGAAGUUGUCGAUGCCAUCGUGACCACAGCCCAGAGUCACCAGAGGACAUUUGUGCUGGAGGUAAUGGGAAGACAUUGUGGGUAUUUAGCUCUUGUAAGUGCCUUGGCUUGUGGUGCCGACUGGGUAUUCAUUCCUGAAUCUCCUCCGGAAGAUGGCUGGGAGGAUCAGAUGUGUGAAAAACUUUCAGAGAACCGUGCAAACAAGAAAAGGCUGAAUAUCAUAAUUAUAUCAGAAGGAGCGAUUAAUAGGCAUAACGUCCCUAUAACUUCUGACAUAAUAAAGGACCUUGUGGUUUCGCGGCUGGGUUUUGACACGCGCAUAACUAUCUUGGGUCACGUCCAAAGAGGAGGUACACCAUCUGCGUUUGAUCGAAUCCUGGGCAGCAGGAUUGGAGUAGAGGCCGUGAUAGCUUUGUUGGAGGCAUCACCAGACACUCCAGCUUGUGUUGUAUCACUGUCGGGGAAUCAAGCUAUUCGCGUUCCCUUAAUGGAGUGCGUGCAGAUGACUCAGGAAGUGCAGAAGGCCAUGGAUGAAAAAAGAUUUGACGACGCUGUGAAACUCCGGGGCAGGAGCUUCGUGAACAACCUAAACACAUAUAAGUUGUUGGCACAUAAGACAAAAGAUGUAGAGCCUCCACAAUCGAACACAAGGCGGAGAUAUUGUCCAGAAAAGAAAAAAAAGGAGCAGAGCAGCUUCAAUGUGGCGGUGCUUAAUGUAGGUGCCCCAGCCGCUGGAAUGAACGCGGCUGUUCGUUCCGCAGUGAGAAUCGGCAUCACUGAAGGUCACAGAAUGUUUGCCGUGGCUGAUGGGUUUGAAGGAUUUUCCAAGGGGCAGAUCAAAGAGAUUAAAUGGGGAGGUGUCGGAGGCUGGACUGGCCAAGGUGGAUCCUUGUUGGGCACUAAGCGGACUCUCCCUGGGAAGAACCUGCAGGCCAUCGCUGAUCAAAUACGUACACAUAAUAUCAGUGCAUUCAUGGUUAUUGGUGGCUUUGAGGCAUACCUGGGACUUUUGGAACUGUUAGCUGCGCGUGCCAAGUAUGACGAGUUCUGUAUCCCCAUGGUUAUGGUUCCUGCCACUGUCUCCAACAAUGUGCCUGGUUCAGACUUCAGCAUUGGUGCAGAUACAGCCCUGAACGCUAUUACUGAUGCUUUUGAAGGUUUGCUGCAAUUACGUGAAGCACGUGAAAAAUACGAUGAGUUUUGCAUCCCAGUCUGUAUGGUGCCUGUUACCAUAAGUAAUAAUGUGCCAGGCACCGAUUUGUGCAUUGGUUGUGAUACAGCUCUCAAUGUCAUAGUGGAGACAUGUGACCGUAUCAAACAGUCAGCAAGUGGAACAAAGCGCCGUGUUUUCAUUAUUGAGACCAUGGGCGGAUACUGUGGGUACCUGGCGAGUAUGGGAGGACUCGCUGCUGGGGCAGAUGCUGCUUACAUCUUCGAGGAUCCAAUUGACAUUCGUGAAUUGCAGGCCAAUGUGAUACACUUGACAGAGAAGAUGAAAACCUCUAUCCAGCGGGGUCUAGUGCUCAGAAAUGAAAAUUCCAAUGAUAACUAUACAACUGACUUCAUCUAUCAGCUGUAUUCUGAAGAAGGGAAGGGUAUAUUUGACUGCCGGAAGAACAUUCUGGGACAUAUGCAACAGGGCGGUGCACCAUCUCCAUUUGAUAGAAACUUUGGAACCAAAAUUGCUGCGAAAGCCGUCCAAUGGCUCUCAAGGACUCUAAAAGAGAACUACAGAAGAGAUGAAGGCAAAAUAUUUACGAAUACCGAUGAUACAAUUUGCCUGCUUGGCAUGCGUAGACGCACCCUCCUCUUCCAGCCUGUGUCACAGCUGAUGUCUGAGACAGAUUUAAAACAUCGAAUUCCCAAGGAGCAGUGGUGGGUGAACCUCCGGGCACUGAUGAAGAUUCUGGCCAAAUACAAGAUCAGUUACGAUGUGUCCGAUGCCGGAAAGCUUGAGCACGUUACCCAACGUAUGCGUGAUACUGAUAAUGAAACCUUAUAAAAGUGGACCAGAUAGAACCAUCACUUGUAAGCUUCAGUCUCAACUUAUUCCUCUGAGGGUAGUGAAUCCUGGUUUAAUCCGUAUUGGUUAAAUGUGUCACUCAUACGCAACUACUCAAACAAAAUAGAAUACACAUUUGGUUUCUUGUCAUUCUGUUGCUUAGUUUUUAACCAGAGUACUUGCAUGGAAAAAAGAACACAGCACAAAUUUUAUUGCUUGUCAUUGCACAGCUUCUCAGAGUAGUCCUAUUUAUUGUGUGGAUCACUUAUAGUUUUAUUGUGUGAAGAAGCGAAAUCUAUAUUAGUGUGAGCAGUGGAAUAAAUGUGCUGUAUUGGAGUGAAAAUGUUUUAUUUUGCUUUUACAGCUGUGGGGCAGAGCCUUCAAUAAAAUAGCUAAUGGAUGUUUCUGAAA